UCACACACUCUCGUCUUCACCUUUCUAGUAAUGUGCAGCGUAAUGGCGCACUAGUUUGUCCCUGUGCGCUCGCCGUCCUUUCACAUGAUUUCCACUGCGUGUGACUGCCCUGCAUUCCUCAAGUGGCGAUAUUUUCUCUGUGUGGAAGUAAUUAAAACUUACGGCGAGCGAAACGUAAACAUGGCGUGAAAACACGCUCCGUGGCCGUGUUUUGAGUGAUCUGCGGCAAACAGCGGACCGUCUGCGGCGUGACAGGCGAUUACUAAGAUCAGAAUUCGCGGAUAAAACAUCAGUUCCACUUUUUGUGUUUUAGUAGUUGUGUGUGUGUGUCAGAGUGCAUCUGCAGCCUGCUCGGGCGGAUGGAUACAAGAUACUGAGGGGCUCCUGGGGGCUUCGCGUCGGUCAUGGCUGAGCUUCUGCAGCCAGAUUCAAGAAUGUGUAACUAUUUCUUCCUAUAUGAUGGAUCCAAGGUCAGAGGAGAGGCUGAUCCUACAAGAGACGGAAUCUGCUACUUCUUCCCUGAAGAGACCCCACUAGACAAACAGGAGCUGCUGUGUGGGCAGCUCGCCGGCGUGGGCCGCUGCGUCUCCGAGCUCUCCUCCUCUCCAGCGCGCACGCUCAGGCUGCGGCGCAACAAGUUCGCCAUCCGCAUGAAAGACGACUUCUUCUGGGCGCUGGGCUGCUCGGUGGAUGUCCCUACUGUCAGCGUGUCUGAGUUCCUGGACCAGCUGAUAGACCUCUUCUGUUUCUACAACGGCCCUGUCCGCCAGAGCUAUCAGCUCAACAGUCAGGAAACCCUGGCAGCCCAGUGGGCGAGGUACCUCUCUCACCUGCAGUCAGGAUCCUCAGAGCUUAGUCACAUCUUCAGCUGCUUGAAGACCAUCGACUCGACUAACGUUGACCCUCUUCUCCUGCUCAAAGCGGCCCUCAUUCUUCAGGCCUGUCAGCGCUGCCCUCUAGUGUUAGCUGGAUGUAUUCUGUUCAGAGGAAGAGUUGUCAGCACACAGAUGUCUCCAGGGCUCACAAUGAAGGUCAUGGUUCACGAGAGUGAAACAUACACCAAGGCUCAGCGGCCUAAUGGAACAAGUGCGUCAAGCUCAUUUAGCGGUACUGUCAGCUCCACAACUGUGUUCCUGACCGCGCCUGAACUCCAGGACCUGCAGUCCGCUCCUGUCGACAAAGGUUUCAGUUCUGACAUUCUAAAACCUUCCAGCUGUCCUACCACGCCACAAAGAGAUGGUCCCUCAAAGAAGACCCGCCUGUCAAGGACUUUAUCCGACACUCCUUCUACUGAGUCACAGGUGUCAAAUCCAAGUUUAUCCAAACCUCCUCAGAAGGCGUCCCUCAGCCCUCGUUUGUCAGACUCCGAUGUGUUCAGCCCGGCUUUGUCCCACAGCGCUGCCAAUUCCCUCAACCCAUCUCCACAGUCGCUCAGGUUUCUCUCAAAUGGAGAAAACACUGUUGAAGAUGAGGUGGAAGAGAGCCGCUCCCGCGACAGCACAGGUGGUCGCAGCCAGAUUCGCAGUGAAGGAGACGGCUCCGUGUUUGAAGAAGACUCCCAUCUAAAUGGAGGAGAAGGGGAGGGAGCUUUUGGGGGUGUGUUUGAGUUUCAAGCGGUCGAGUCUGGAAAUGAGCAGCCGCACGAUGAUAAGGUGGUGGAGGAAGACAGCAGAGUCUCCCGUGGGAGUGUUUCAGGCCACAAGGCAGGGAAGAGCGAUCCUCCUCCUCUUCUUCCUCCUCCUCAUCGUCUCUCUGACGCCUCAGAGGAGAAUGCGCUGAUCCCCAUGACGUUGUACAUGCACAGAGUGAAGGGCUUGGUGCUGGCUCUGCUGGUGGAGCCUCACUUCAUGAGUGACGCCACUUCUAUGGAGGAAGUGUAUCACAGCAGCCUGGCUUCACUCAAUGGACUGGAGGCCCAUCUGAGGACCAUCUCUCCGGGUGCCCCGGGAGGUCCAGGGCCCUACACCUUUGCCCAUUUCGACUGCAUUCAGAGCACGCUCACAACCAACCUGUCUGGCCGGUCAGGGGGAGCCUGGGAUCAACCCUUUGUCAGAGCCACAUCACUUCUUCACUCGCAUUUCUGUAACACUGAGACUCUGCAGGAGGCUAUUAUCAGGAAUGCCAGCACAGCUGUGUAUGGCACCCGCAGCGUGGCCCAGGAGACUUACUUCCAGCAGAACGGAGGCUCGCUGAGGAACUCGGGCAUCCCGAACCACCAGGACAGCGCUUUCUCGCUACCCAGCAAGGCCCGGCACAGACUGCUGAAACACGGGGUUAACCUGCUCUGACAGGGCAGCGUCGGGUCGCCCGUUCAGGAGGAAAUGUAUUUCACUGGGAGAAGAACUGCCCUGUAAGUAACAUUAAAAAAAUAAAAUGGAAAAAAAAAGCUCUGCUGUAGGAAAUUUUACAACAGGAUUACAUCUUCUUUGCUGCCCUCCAGCUGUGGUUUACUUGUUCCCAUGCUGUACAUUACCGUACGCUGUGGCACUGUGCUGUAAAACCCUAGUGGAUCUCAUAUUCACAGCAGAACUGUUUUUUUAAAUUUAUAUUGUAACUAUAAAUUUGCUAUGACAGUGGAUGCUUGUUAAAGCUUAGGUAAAGUAGGUUAUGUUUACUUCCAUGCUUGUAUGAGUCUAAUUUUAUUUGUUACAUUUAAACAAAAAAAAUAAAAUAAAGUAACUGUCUGCAGCAGAUGUUUCUGUUGCUUUCACUCAUGCAUUUAGACUGAAGCCAGAGUCGUUAUCCUCUCCCACAUUUGAGAAGCUUGUUCGCUGCUCCUGUAUUGGCUUAUUUGUCUAGAAGUUCUAAAGCAUUUUAUAAUCAACUCUAUGUCAGCAAUCAAAAAGUGUUAUUUAAAUAUUUGGCUAUUAGGACUGUGAUUUGUCUUUAUUGCUGCCAUUUACACAAAAUGUGUGUAUUCGAAGGUUGUCUGAGAAGAGGUUUGCUGUGAUGAACUUCUGUGUGUUUUAAAAUAAAAUGUGAUCCGCUCUGA